AUGGUUGGGGCUGGUGUGCUGCUCGGCCUGUGUAUUGCCCUGCUGGUGUUGUUCCGUGAGUACGGCUGGCCACAGAAGAUUCCGGCGCCGGUUCUGUACCGGACACAACAGCUCCGGUACCGAAUGGAUGACUAUUCCUCCAAAGGGUCCCAGGUCAUCGUGCAGCAGAAGAAACACCGCAGUCUCCAGAUCAGCAUGACCCAGGACUCCAUGCACAAAGAUGAGUUCUGGGACUACGAGGAGCAGGUUGAUCUGGAAGCCUUCAGCGCUAGCACCUUCUAUGACAUCCUGCUGAGACACAGCGUGUCUGUCACAGCUCGCCUUGCACAGCUCAGAGGAGAGGUGAAGGAGCUGUACCAGGGCGUUGUGUGUAAGGUGCAGACUCUGCAGAUGGGCUGUGCAGGAGCAGCUACGGAUGGUGGCGUGGGACACACAGAGCCGUGUGGGCGCGUGCAGCGCGAUCUGGAGCGCGAGGUGGCACGGCGGCGGUCGCUGGCCGAGAGGCUGUGCCAGCUGCUAGAGUCCCAGCUGCAGACGCUGAGCCAGGAGCUGCAGUGCCAACGACACACACACAGGACCCUACGGACACGUGUCAGGACAAGCCUACGACUGCUGGGGCAGGCCGCCGACAGCCCACAGCCACACAGUGUGCUCCGGUGUGUGUCGACGCUGGCGGACGAGCUGGAGGAGCUGGUGUCAGGGGAGUGCCAGAGGCAGGGAGUGUGGGCGGGGCUUAAGGAGGGCACGGGGGCCCGCCUUCUGUGUCCAGCCACAGGCUCCAUCCUCAGCAGGGAUGACAUCAUCGCGUCUGACGGCACCGUGCGGGCGUGCCAUGCCGUGCAUGUGGAUUCGGUCACGGGGCUCCUGCUGCCCAACCCUGGUGCCCAGAUGCUGCUGUCCAAUGGGCACAGCAUGCCCGUGCCCCCAGACUUCUUCCUACACCCCCAGACCGGACGCCUGCUGCCCGCCGCGGGCAACAUCGCUUUCGACCCCCAAAGCUCUACACUGGUGUUCACCGCAGACGCUUGCCUGGAGGAUGCUGGGAAGUGGGAGACCCCUCCGUUGCCGUUUGUCCCGUACCCGGCGGCGCGGCCUGGUGAGCGCGCGAGGGCGUGCAGCCUGCGGGGGCUGCGUCCGGGGCAGAGGCUGGCGCUGGGGGGUGCCAUGUGUGACCGGGACUCGGGGGUGCUGGUGCCCAUCCUGGCCGUGACCAUCCACCCACUCACGGGGCUGGUGUACCCACUGGGGGGCGCGCACGUGUGCCCCAUCACCCGCCUGCCGCAGCCCAUUCAGCUGGGGGCGCCCAUGCUGGACCCACGCACCGGCAGCCUGCAGCUCAUCACAGGAGUCACGCUGGACCCUACCACAGCUGCUGUUCUCCCACUGGGCGGAGUCGUGUUGGGCGAGUCCUUCAUCGAGCCCCUGAGUGGGCGUCUGGUGCGAGUAGGUGGGGCCAGCAUGCGGGGGGGGAAGUUGGUGCCUCAUGCGGGGGGGUUCCAGGCUCUGCUGGAGGCUCAGGCUCUGGGCGCCGGGGCGCGGAUGGUGGAACUGCUGCAGGGCGUGUGCGGUGGCCGCGGGGGUCCAAGGGGGCUGCAGCGGGAAGUGGGGCGUGUGCGCGAGGCGGCCGUGCAGCUGGAGCAGGCCUGGAGGACCAGCAUGCAUUGCAGCCUGCAGCUCUGCGCCCGCCUGGAGGCCACACACACCUGGGCAUGCCGCGUCGCUCAGGACGGAGGCAGUGUCGGUGAGAUCCAGCUCUCGGGUUCGGACCAGACCCUACCAGCACUGCUGGGCCUGGAGUACCCGGACCCGGGGGGUUCUGGUCUCAGCGUCCCGGUCCUGGGAGCACAGCUGGACUGGCAGACGGGCCGCAUGGUGGCGCUGGCAGGGACCAUGGAGGAUGCAGAGGGGAAAGUGGACCCUGUGACUGGGGCUCUGUCCGCUGUGGUGGGGGCGCGUCUGGAUGUGGUCAAGAGGAGCGUGGUGCCGGUGACUGUCUCACACCUCAUGAGUCUUCGUGACAACGCAGACAGUGUACAGGUGCAGUGGACAGAGUCUGACCAGCAGCUGCGUGAGGUGGUGCAGGAGCUGCAGGAGUCUGCACAGACAGAAACACAGAGGAGACACACACACACCAGCGAGCUCACACACCUGCUACCUACACACAUACUCAACAUUCUCACACAAGGUGAUGAGGAGGAAUGGGAGCAGCAGUGUGUGUGGCAGACUGAGCUGGUGACGGGACUGAACAGGAUCAGUGUGUGUGUGGAGAGGAUGCAGCAGGACCAGGAGGAGGCCAGGGCUCGUCACACACUUCAAUUGUCAGGAUUAGAGGGACAGAGAGAAGUGUGGGAACAGCUGAGCAGCAGACAAUCCCACCUGGAGGCAGCCUUCGUCUCUGUUCUGUGUGUGCGGGAGCUCUGCCAGAUACGUGCAGAAAUCGCCCAGGCCAUGAUGUCAGGCUCGUUCUGGUACAGUGACAUGAGCCUGCUCCAGCCUACUGCUCCUCCCAACCCCCUACGGGCACUGUCCCUCACGCAGCUCAAAAUCCUGCCCCGCCUGGAGAGACUCCUGCAACACAUUGAGGACACAAACAGCCAGCACAGCUCCGGCCUGUCGGUCAAGCAGACACUUGGGAUAGAGAGCAGCUCUAGAGAGUGGACCGCCUCUGUGUCUGCGGUCAAAGGAGUCUCACCUCAGUCCCUGAAGGAGCAGCUUAAGCCCCGUCCAUCAGAAGAGCAAGAUGGACCAUUGGCAAAGGAGCCACAAGACAAGAGUCCAACCAAUUACAAUACAGACUUGCUGGCCAUGAGGGGCAGUACUCCAUCAGGUCCCAUUAGUAUUCCUGUGCUGACCGAGGCAGAGUGGGUGCAUGUGCUGGAGCUGUCUCCCCUCUACCAGCUGCUCUGUGGUCUGGAGCAGCAGCUCCGGUGUCGAGCCAAAGAAAUGGGUCUCUUCAAAGGACACGGCACCAACAGGGGGCGCUCUUAUUUAGACUUCCUGGACGCUCAGUGGGAGUGUGAGGGGCAGCUUGAGGCUGUCAGUCAAGAGAGUCUAAACACUCGAGAGUUUCUCAUCUACCAACACGGCCAUUUCCUGCUGCAUAUGCUACACUCUCAGAAAGUGGUUCCCCUGGUGAAGCUUCAGAUAGCCUCCAAAUUACCCCAUAAUGACUACCUCCAAAAUGCCUUCAGAAACUCCUUCUCCUAUCAGGCGGAGGAGGAGAUGCUGAGUGUACGUCAGCAGAGGCUGCAGUCGGUGGGCGGUUUCUCUCUGGUGCUCCUGCACUGCCUGGCCCACAUCGCCUGUGGGGACAUGCACUCCGACAACAGCCCUGCCUUCCAGAGGACCUUCUUCAAGACGCUGCAGGUGUGUCUGGAGCAGUUGUUCCAUGCCAGACUGGGACUGCCCAGCUCGGGGGUAUCUGCCCCAGCAGAUAGCUCUCACCUAGAUGCCCUGAAAACUACCGAAAGCUCCCAUCCAGAUGCCCUGAAAAUGGCCUCACUAUUCGGCCGGACCCAGAUGGUCAGCGGGGAUGCUCACACAGACGACAAGAUGUUGGGAAUCCUCCGGAGGCACAGACAGGCAGCAGUGUUCCUGCAGCUGGAGGGGCUGUUGAAGGGAAAGGGCCCGGGGGCCCCUGAUCCCUGCUGAAGUUAUCGCCGUCUCAUGGCAUACCACUGGAGCCACAGCAAGGAGACACAAUCAGCCCUCAGCACAGUCCUAAGCACACACACACACACACACAGCUCUCAGCACAGCACACACAUGGCCACACACACA